AUUCCAAUGUAGGAAGUGCCAUGAGCAGCUGAUCAGAUCGGCAAAACGUGUUUCGGGAUUAUAAUGUUUUUGUUGCUGCCAGCGGUUUUUACGCGAUUUUUCCAAAGUGGAAGGAAACCGCGGCCUGGGAUAAGUUGAAUGCGUGAUAUUGUUUUAAACAUAUCUCUACUCUCAUGUGUGAGACUGCAGCUUCAGUUCAGUGAUUUUUUUUUUCUUCCUGUUAAUGCUUUGAUUAAUGUGGAAAAACGCCAGUGCAGGAAAAAACAAGAGUGCAGUGUGUGUCCGGACAGAAAGCAGCUCUAACAGAGGCUGUAGCAAGAAGACAAGAGAAGAUAUACAGAAGCUUCAUUAACAGAAAAGCAGUUAAAGUCAAACAAGAGGCUGAAGGGCAAUACGGGCGAACUUUGCUCCACAAAGAAGGCUGCUUUACAGCCCAGAUUAAAAAGCCGCAGUUGUUAACAGAAGAGUGAAAAGGCAACUCCAUGGCAUACCGGCUCUUUGAAGGGAAGGAUCAUGCCUCCAUCUACCAAAAGUAUCGCUUUACACCUCCAGCAGGGCUCAAGGAUAUUAUUAUUCAGUACUUAGAUAAAAAGAAGGGACAGCCACAUGAGCUGGCGGUGGAUCUGGGAUGUGGAACGGGACAGAAUUCACGUCUACUGGCACCGCACUUCAAGGAAGUAGUGGGUCUUGACAUCAGUGAGUGUCAAGUGGAGGAGGCCAGAACUGUGCCAGGGUACUCCAACAUCACCUACAGAAAGGGGACAGCAGAGGAGCUUCCGUUUUCAGAUGGAUCCGUAGACCUGCUGACGGCAGCUUCAGCAGCACACUGGUUUGAUCAGUCGAGGUUUCUGGCAGAGGCAACUCGGGUCUUGAAACCCAGAGGCUGCAUGGCUCUGCUGGGCUUCAGCGAUUCUAACACCAAACCCAACUACCAGAACUGUGGAGACAGGCUCAAAAACAUCUAUGAAGAGGUGAAGCAGGCGCUGAAGCCGUACAUGAGCAACCCAGUAGCUGUAGCUGAGGGUAAGCUGGACCCGCUGUACUCUGCCAUUCCCUUUCCAGACAAAGAGAGGAUUGAUUGUUUUCGAGCAAAGUCCUUGAUCUCAGUGAGGCAUCUAGUGGGUUUCAUGCAAAGCUGGUCCAUGUUCCAAGCCUACACUUUGAAAGACCCCAAAGGUGCCGAAGAGCUGCUGUCCAACACGGAGAAGAGGUUCCUUCAAGAGAUGGGAGUCACAUCUCCUGACACUGAAGUGGAGCUUGAACUGGAUUAUUACUGCAUCCUGGCCUGCAAACCACAUUAAUCAACACUUCAGCAUUCAGUGAAUAUCACUGUGAGAUAAACAAGCUUGUUGUUCUAAAUAAACUAUGUUUUUAUCAGCAGA